AUGGCCGCUGUUCCUGCUGAGUUUUAUACAAAUCUAGGCCGUUCUGGUCUUAAGAUUUCCCGUAUUAUUGUUGGUUGCAUGUCCUUUGGUAAGAAGAACUGGGCAGAUUGGGUUAUCGAAGAUAAGGAACAGGUUUUCGAAAUUCUAAAGAAAUGCUAUGAUUCUGGUUUAAGAACUUUUGAUACUGCAGAUACUUAUUCGAAUGGCUACUCGGAGAUUCUAUUGCGAGAAUUCAUGCUAAAGUAUAAGAUCAAAAGGGACCGUAUUGUCAUUCUGACCAAGUUGUAUUUCCCGCUGGAUCCUGAUCUUCCUGAAUUCACAGCACGUACGCGUGCACAAAUGCCGGUUUACGAAUACAUAAACAGCCAAGGCUUGUCGAGAAAGCAUAUCAUGGAUGCUGCCAAGGCGUCGAAUGAAAGAUUGGGAACAUAUGCUGAUGUCAUUCAAAUCCAUAGAUUUGAUGCAACUACGCCGAUUGAGGAGACAAUGAAAGCUCUACACGACAUUGUUGAAUUGGGUUACACGAGGUAUAUUGGUGCUUCAACCAUGAAGGCGUACCAGUUUGUUAUGAUGCAAUCUGUUGCAGAGAAGAAUGGUUGGACCAAAUUCAUCUCCAUGCAAAAUUAUUACAAUUUAUUGUACCGGGAAGAAGAAAGGGAGAUGAUCGAAUACUGUAAAUUAACUGGUGUUGGGAUCAUUCCCUGGUCGCCUAAUGCAAGGGGGGUUUUGACUCGUCCAUUGGGAGUUAAGGGUGAUACUAACAGAACUGAAGCAGAUAUUCACCGCUUCCAGAAGCUAGGUCUUGAUCACCUAUCCGAAAGCGAUCAAACAAUUGUUAAACGGAUUGAAGAACUGUCAAAGAAGUACAACGUUUCAAUGGCAGUUAUAUCGACUUCUUAUGUCUUGAGUAAAGGUUUCUCUCCUAUUGUUGGAUUCAGUAAGCCAGAAAGAGUUGAUGACGCUGUAAAAGCGUUUAACUUCUACCAAAAGCUAACUCCUCAGGAUAUUCAAUACUUAGAAGCACCAUAUACAUUAAAAGGAUGGACCUGUUAA